AGUUGAUCGCUAGCCUGCUGGUCGAGUGCAUUAAGAUUUACACAUUUUUUUGCAGCCCUGCAGUUGGAGCAGAAACUUAUCGACACAAUGAAGUUCGCUAUUUUGUUCGCCACAUUGAUCGCCGUUUCGGCAGCAAAUUUGGCGCCAUACGCAAUUAACCCAACCUUCUACAACGCACCUUUCGCCUACGGCUACAAUAAUGGACCCUAUGCCUACGGC